CGGCAGGCAGGGCAGGACGCGGGUGGCGCCCGGGUAGUCCCGGAAGUCCCGGCGCGACGAGGAGAGCAUGGUGCCCUCGUGCAGCCGCGGGUCCGGCCCCAGCGCGAAGUGCGAGGCCUUGAGGAAGUCCCGCAGGGGCAUCGGAUACUGCAGGACGGCGCCCGCGGCCAUCGCAGGGCACUGUGCUACCUGCGAGGGGGCGGAGACAUGCAACUGAGCAAGUACCCUCUGGGGAUUUGUAUAUUUGUGAGAAUUGCAUUUCAAGCAGAGGGAACAGCAGGUGCAAAGUCUGGGACGCUGGAGCAGAGGGAGCAAGGGAGAGAGCCAUGGAUAAAGAGAGUGGAAAGGUCAUGGGGGAGCCGGGUCCUCGUGGGCUUUGGGCGAGGAGACAUCGGAUUCUUCCUCCGAGUGAGGUGGGAGCCAUGAUCCGAACGCUGGGGUACUGCUGUCAUCUGAUCGGCGGAGUCCUCAUGGAACAAAGUGCAGCCAGAUCAGAAGUGGGGACACGCCUGCUGGCACUGUCCACCGAGCUCAGCCACUGCAGGACUGUCCUGCGGCUUUUUGACGACUUGGCCAUGUUCGCCUACACUAAGCAAUAUGGCCUGGGGACAAAGGAGGAAGAUGUCUUUGUGCGCUGGGUGUCUGUCCUGGGCAACCUGGCAGACCAGCUCUACUACCCCUGUGAGCAUGUUGCCUGGGCCGCUGACACCAAGGUCCUCCACGUGGACUCGGCCCGGUGGUGGGCGCUAAGCACGGCCCUCUGGGGCCUCUCCCUGCUCCUGGGGAUUGCCAAGUCCCUGUGGAUGGCGCUGAGGCUGAGGCAGAAGCUGAGGAGCCCCAUGACAGCCUUCACCAGCCAGCUGCCCCGGAGCAAGCGGAGGGCCAUGGAAGCCCAGAUCCGGUCGGAGGUGCUGACUCUCCUCAGCAAUCUGGCCGACCUGGGCAAUGCCGUGCACUGGCUGCCCCCAGGGGUACUGUGGGCCGGUCGCUUCCCCCCGUGGCUGGUGGGCCUCCUGGGCACUGUCUCCUCCCUGCUCAGCAUGUACCAGGCUGCCCGGGCCUGCAGCAAGCAAGCCGAGGCCACCACCCCAUGACGCGCUGAGCAGCACCGGACCACCCGGACUCUGCUGCAAAGCACGACUCUCCAGGGCGAGGGGCCCUUGACUGAGCAAAUCAGCAACAGGUGUGGGGAGAUGAACUCGCCGAGCGGAGGGUGCAGGGACCAAGCAAAAUCCACACAUGGGUAGAGAUUGGGGGCUGGUGUGGGGUCUCCCCCAGGCCUUGGAUCCUCAAGGAGGGUGCUCUCUGGGCCCCAGGGGAGGGAGGACCCCGGGAUCCACAUGCUCUCAGCAGGAGAAAGCAGCUGCAAGCCUCGCACAGAGCCAGCUCUUUGUGCUGGUGGCGAGCAACUUGUGUUCGAAUAAAAACAUGCAGCAGAG